GGCCAGCCAGACGCCUUCAGCUGUCGUGGGUUAGGUGCUUCCCGUCCCGCCGUCGUGGCUUUUGGGGCCUUUUCCUCCAGCCUUCCUGGACCUGGUCUCAGGCUGCAGGAUGUACCACAACAGUAGCCAGAAGCGGCACUGGACUUUCGCCAGCGAGGACCAGCUGGCGCGGCUGCGGGCCGACGCCAACCGCAAGUUCAAAUGCAAGGCGGUGGCGAACGGGAAGGUUCUUCCAAAUGAUCCAGUCUUUCUUGAGCCUCAUGAAGAAUUGACACUGUGCAAAUACUAUGAGAAAAGAUUAUUGGAAUUUUGUUCAGUGUUUAAGCCAGCAAUGCCGAGGUCUGUGGUGGGUACAGCUUGUAUGUAUUUCAAGCGUUUUUAUCUCAAUAACUCAGUAAUGGAAUAUCACCCCCGGAUAAUAAUGCUCACUUGUGCAUUUUUGGCCUGCAAAGUGGAUGAAUUCAAUGUAUCUAGUCUACAAUUUGUUGGAAAUUUGCGGGAGAGCCCUCUUGGACAGGAGAAGACACUUGAACAGAUUUUGGAAUAUGAACUGCUUCUUAUACAGCAACUUAAUUUCCACCUUAUUGUCCACAAUCCUUAUAGACCAUUUGAAGGCUUUCUCAUUGAUUUAAAGACUCGCUAUCCCAUGUUGGAGAACCCUGAGGUUUUGAGGAAAACAGCAGAUGACUUUCUUAACAGAGUUGCGCUGACGGAUGCUUACCUUUUAUACACACCUUCUCAAAUCGCCCUGACUGCCAUUUUAUCUAGUGCUUCUAGAGCAGGAAUUACUAUGGAAAGUUAUUUAUCAGAAAGUCUGAUGCUGAAAGAGAACAGAACUUGCUUGUCACAGUUAUUAGAUAUAAUGAAAAGCAUGAGAAACUUGGUAAAGAAAUAUGAACCACCCAGACCUGAAGAAGUUGCUGCUCUGAAGCAGAAGUUGGAGAGAUGUCAUUCUGCUGAGCUUGCACUUAACGUAAUUACGUCCAAAAUCUUAUUUGAGGACCAAGUAUGCUGUUCCAAACUUAUUUUAACUACUCUAGGAAGAAGAGGAAAGGCUAUGAAGAUGAUGAUUAUGUCUCAAAGAAAUCCAAACAUGAGGAGGUAUGUUCUCCAAAGGAAGAAUGGACUGAUGAUGACCUGGUAGAUUCUCUCUAACCAUUUGAAAUUGAUUUGUCAAUGCUAACAAAUCUACAGAAGGAUGAAGCAUUUAAAUUUCUUUAAAAAUGAAAUAAUGUGAAAGCAUCAAAAUACAUUUCUAAGUUGGAAUCAAAUUAUGGAUGUCUGUCAAAUUUCUUCUGGAAAACUGGGUUGAAGGAAUUCUGAGAAACUCAACUGCCCUGAAUCUAUGUUUUAUGGAUACGUACCUUUCCUCAUUGUCAAUGCAUCCAUGGCUGCUUUCCAUAGGAGUGUCACUAAACUUUGGCAUCAAAGCAAGGUCCACAUUUAUUUCAAAUUUUCCUACCCAGUUUUAGAGGUUUUAUUUCAUCAUUGACCAGCUAGUUACUGCAAGGCCUGCAAAGCAAUAGGAGAUGGGGAAUCUGUAAGAGAAUUGGGCAGAGCUAAUGAGACCAACUCCAAAAGUACUUCCAGAAUAUCGUGCCCGGACACGCAAGGAUCCUGGUUCAAUACCUUUUAAUGGUAUAUGGGAGCUGAGCAAAAACCAUUCAUCUGUGGCAUGCCCUUUCUGUAACCGGCUCAACUGGCAGCGCAUAAAUACUUUGAUAGAAAAACAUCAAAUGAUUACUAUCUAAAAAGAUGACACUAUAAAUUAGUCACAUACGUAAAUUAUUCUGAUAUUCUGCCUUCUCUACAGUGUUAAAUGAUUUUUAUUAAAGAAGUUUUCAGUGA